UAAUGAAUCAAUGUUAUAAUAGCCCUGUUGUAGUUAGACUGCGUCGCUGAGAUCAGAUCUGUACGAGGGAGUACCUUGGUAUGUACUGUAAAUCAACGACACUCGCUAAACGCGAUAUGGCCAGCGACGACGACUUGCCACCGACAACUACGCCGGCCUCAGAUGGAUAGAGGCAUCAAUCGGGCUCAACAGUCUACAGGCAUUGUAGUGUGACUAGCGAGUGAGGAUGGAUCUUUGAUGGCUUAGCUCACUGUAACACUAUCGACUACAUCUUCUCAACAUCCGAGGCUCAAAAGGGAUCCAUAAUCUGCACUUGGAGGCCCCGUAUAUAAAUUCUCAUUCUCAGAUAGCCCGAGCCUACAAGCCAGAUCAUACCGUUUAAAGGCAUAUAUAUAAAGAGUCAACCUCAGCCUUGUUCCGCAUCCUACACCUCAAACCUAGCCUUUUCCAUCCGCGACCAUGUUCACCUCAAAGGGCCUCUUCUCCAAGAUAGACUGCCCCUACAGCGAUCGCUGCCUGUUGCCAAAAUGCCUCUUCGCACAUCACAAGCCACCAGCUAUGAAGCCAGCCGAAUCUUCACCAGCUGUGCCAUCCCCAGAGCUACCAUCGGAGAAGCAGGCCAUCGCAGUGGCUGCUGAAGAUGGGCAGCGAAAACGAAGGAAGAUAGGCCAUGGAGAUAUCGCGGAAGUCAAGGCGGCUGCGAAGGAGUCAAGCUCUACAUCCUCAGAAAAGCGGCCAAUAUCCCCGCCACCUCCUCGCCGCACCAGCAGUCUCGCUCCCGGAAAAAAACCAGAAGAAAUGUCCAAGACAGAACCAAAGAAGGCGGCAGCUCCAGCAAAACAAGCCCCAAAAGCCGCUCCAUCAGUCCCAAAACCAGCAAAAUCAGAGACCCUCAACCCGCGGCUCCUAAAGCACUCCCCAGCAACCCACGAGCUCCGAACCAAACUCGUCAACCUCCUCCACGACCAACUCGUCCGUCUCAACACCGAGCUUGCCAAAGAAUCUCCCCCGAACAAAUCCCUCCUCCUCACCGCCCAGGAACUCAUCACCAUGGCCCUCGACAUCGAAGAACAAGCCGCCAAAGACAAACCAGCCAUCCACUCCAGCGUCGUCAAGAAUACCAUAGUGCGGUACAAAAAAAUGCCCCUCGCCGACUGGAAAUCCGCGCGCCAAACCACCAUCGAUGCCGAAGCCGCCAAAUCCGCCCCCGCUACCUCAACCAGCAAACCCCCACCCACCGCCGCAGCUCCAAAACCCCUAACCACCGGCCUACCCCAACACCUCGAGCUCUCCCUCCUCCCCAAACUCCUCACCCCGCUCACCUCCCUCUCCGCACACGGAUACGUCAGUUCCAUACCCUCCGCUGACUCCAUCGCCACGGCACAGUCCGGGCUCGCAGCCGCCCAGGGCUGGGAAGUCUGCGAUAGAUGCAAGUCCCGUUUCCAAGUCUUCCCCGGGCGGCGCGAAUCCGACGGGCUCCUCACCUCAGGGGGUACAUGCACGUAUCACUGGGGAAAACCCUUCUUCCCCUCCCGCUCAGCGACAGAUAUCAAAGGCUCAAAGCGCGAGAAGCGGUACCGGUGCUGUGGACAAGCUCUUGGUGAUUCCGCCGGGUGCACGAAAGCGACUACCCACGUCUUUAAAGUGACUGAAGUCAAGCGCCUCGCUGCGCUGUUUAAUUUCAUCAGCACACCCGAGAAUGAUCAGGCGGAUGACGAUGAACCGGUCUGCAUCGAUGGCGAAAUGGGAUAUACAGUCCACGGCCUCGAACUCAUCCGUCUCACCGCCACAUCCUGGCCGAGCGGCACCCCACUCCUCGAUAUCCUUGUGCGCCCCCUGGGCGAGGUGUUGGAUCUCAACACGCGCUGGUCCGGCGUCUCAGCCGCACAACUCACUAACGCGCCCUCCCUCCCCAACCCCCUUGAUAUUUCCUCCCCCAGCGACGCCGAGAAACUCAAAGGCGCGAAAAGACUCCAUGUCGUUGAGUCACCUGAGGCGGCGAGGGAGUUGCUGCUGCGGUUUUUGACGCCGAGGACGCCGGUUAUUGGGCAUGGGUUGGAGAAUGAUUUGAAUGCUGUUAGGCUCAUCCACCCAACUGUCAUCGAUACGGCACUGUUAUUUCCCCACCAAGCGGGGCUACCAUACCGACAUGCGUUGCGUACCCUCGUCUCCCUACAUUUGGGGAGGACUAUCCAAGCUGGUGGUGGGAUUGUAGCUGCCCCAGCUACAUCAGCUGCUGGGUCUACAUCCACAUCCGCCCCCGCCGAGGAGGGCGUCGUAGCACCAGGCCACGACAGCAAAGAAGACGCCAACGCCGCCGGUGAUCUCGUCCGCUGGUCCAUCGGCCGCGAAUGGGCGAAGAUGCAAGGCGUAGGCUGGACGCUUGUGGAUGGAAAACUAGUCCCGCCUGAGCGGAUUAGUGAGGCGUUUUUGGAGGAUCAGUUUGUGAAGGUUGGGGAGAAGGGGGGAAGGGUUACGGGGAAGAGGAGGAGGGGGGAGGAGGAUGUGGAGGAGGAGGCGGAGGUUGUUGGAUGAGUGGGGAUGGCGAUGGCAUCUUCAUGGCGAAAUGCGGGGGUGCUGAAGCGGAGGAUUGGAGUCGAACGGCCCUGAGGUAUGGAUGGUGCAGCAAUAAUCUAUCACUGUCUCUACAAAAAACUGCCAACAAAAAAGACCCCCCUCAUCCAUUAACGAAGCUACACUUCCCAUCCGACUCUUUCUGGACCGUUUGAACCGCU